CGGGCCGGGAGCUGCUGCGGGGCGGGCCGGAGCUCGGCGCUCCCUCAGGAAGUUAUUUUAGAAGGAGAGAAUACAUCUGAGAAACAAGAUGUCUUAUGCUGGGAGUCAAUACCAAGAUAAGCAGUACAGGCACCAUGAGAACCAUAGAUCUGACAGAUACAAGGAAGACAGAAGAGCAAGAAAACCAUACCCGUACAAUGCAAGAGCAACAGGAGAGAUCCGAGGUGGCCAGCACUCGAGGAGUUCUACUGUUUGCUCAGACCCUUACUCUGAAACCUCAGGAGCAGCACAGGAGUAUUUUGGCCCACCACCAGAGUUUUAUCCUCCCAAGGAAAGCUUCUCAAUGAAGUGUUCAAAGGUAUGCACAACAAGAGGCAUUUUGAAGUUUGUGGAAAUCACGGUUAACCUCCUGGUGCUGAUUUGCGUGGGUGCUUCCCAAGCCUCCGUUUCAGGCUUCACAUCCCUUGGAGGCUUCGGAUCCUUUAACUGGGCCUACAGCCCCUUCGAGGGCACGGAGCUGCAGGAGGUGAGGGAGCUGGACAUGCAGUUCACCCAGAUGAGAACCCCUUGCGUGUAUGGUGGAGUGGUCUUCAGCUUAACCGCAGCCACGCUCACCCUCGUCUUCCUCGUUGUGGGGGCAAAACCCAUCCAGCAGCUCCGGACAGGGCUGCUGGUGGGGGAAUGUGCCUUCAGCCUGCUGGCUGGCCUGGCGUACCUGGUGGCCGUGGGGCUCUACCUGCACUUUGUCAGGCAGGUGAAUGCCACCGAGGUGUGCAGGAGGCGCGAGCGGCUCUACGCGAGCCGUGGCUACACCUCCAUGAACUGCGAUGUCCAGGGGGGCGACGCAGCUGUCGGCCUCUUCGGAGUCGUCGCUUCCUGCCUGUACUUUGCCAGCUUUGUGGUCUGCAUCCUUGCUAUCCGCACUGUCCGGGCCUUCCAGAGCCGCAUGGCCAAGGCUCAGCACAGCCCCAAGAGCAGCAUUAGAGACAGAAGCAUCAGAAGCCACCACACCAUGCAUGGGACCUCCGAAAGCUCCCACAACAUCCAGGCUCUCGCUACAUUGGUGUGAAAUCAGCUCUGGGACUGUGCCAGAGAAUUGAGGCUUCAGCAAAGGACAGACACUGGCAAACAGGCAACCAGCCCACAGUAUAUUUUCCUACAAGGUGCUGAAGUGUGUAUGGAAUCACCGACUGUAACCAUACUGCUACAACGUGAUGUAAUAAAAUUGACAUCGAGUGACUGUUUAACAAG